UUAAGAAGAAGAAGUUGCUCAAUGCUCAUCAUCAUCAUGUCCGAAAGAAGUAAAAUACCAAUACCCUGUUCAUCUACAACGAAACUGACCCCAACAAUGGCGUCUCUCUCCCCCUUUCCCAAUUAAUUCCAUUGAAUUUACAAAUUUCAAAUUCCCAAUCAGAUUGAUCCGUAGAUUCAAAGCAUUCUUCUUGAUUUUAACAGCUCACUUUCAAGUUAGUUCAACCCACCGCCAUCAUCUCUUCUACUCCUCAACCACUCAUCUCUCUCUUUUUCUCUCCUUCAUCAACCAUCAAAUUCAAGUGUACAUAUCAUUAACCAUCAAAUUCAAGUGUACAUACUUCAAAAAUCGAAACCCAUCUCAGAUAUAAACUUCUGUGGAGUAAAAAUUGAUUUGGGCAAAAUAUGAAGCUGCUAGCGUUGCAGCAGAGCUAUGCAAAUCGGGGGCGGAGCAACAGUUUCAGAGGCUCAUCGCCGUUAGAUUCGUCUGUAGAUGGAGGCGGAACCGUUAAAUCGCCGGCGGGUAUCUUUUGGUUGAUCCUUCAUUGUUUAUGCUGUCUGAUUAGCCUCGUUCUUGGAUUUAGAUUCUCUCGUCUCGUCUUCUUUCUCCUCUUCUCAACUUCUUCCAUUAACAAUCUCUACACCUCAACACCAACGUCAUUCGGAACCGCCACCGAUAUAGCCGAAACUCUGUCGUUUACCACUUCCCUCCGGUCCCUCUCACCGCCGGUGGCUAAUACUACCUCUGCUGUUGCAACUAGUAGCAGAGUGGUGGUCGGCCGGCAUGGGAUCCGAAUCCGACCAUGGCCACACCCUGACCCGGUGGAAGUCAUGAAAGCUCAUAAAUUAAUUGAAGCAGUUCAGAGAGAACAGAAGGUUCAAUACGGGAUCAAAAACCCUAAAACUCUAAUUGCCAUCACUCCGACCUAUGUCCGAACUUUUCAAGCUCUACAUUUAACCGGAUUAAUGCACACAUUGAUGAACUUGCCCUACGAUGUGGUCUGGAUCGUGGUGGAAGCCGGUGGCGCCACCAACGAAACCUCGUCGUUGUUAGCCAAAUCAAAACUUCAAGUCAAACACAUCGGAUUCCCGAAGAAAAUGCCCAUUUUUUGGGAGGCUCGACACAAGAUGGAAUCCCAGAUGCGAUUGCGAGCAUUAAGAGUCGUGAGAGAAGAAAAGCUAGAUGGAAUUGUAAUGUUUGCUGAUGAUAGUAACAUGCAUAGCUUGGAACUCUUUGAUGAGAUCCAAAAAGUCGAAUGGAUUGGAGCUCUUUCAAUUGGGAUUCUAGCUCAUUCAGGGCAUUCCGAUGAAGACCCAUUUGAGAUUCAGAACCCUCUAAACGAAAAAGAUGAACAGAAAUCAGUCAAAUCACCAUUGAUGCCAGUUCAAGGUCCUGCUUGUAAUUCAUCUGAUCGGUUAAUUGGGUGGCAUACAUUUGAUUCUGGUGUAUACAAAGGAAAAAGUGCUAAUUACAUUGGUGAUAUGGCAAUUGUGUUGCCUAGGAAGAUGGAGUGGUGUGGAUUUGUGAUGAACUCAAGAUUGGUAUGGAAAGAAGGUGAAUUUAGGCCAGAUUGGAUUAAGGAUUUGGAUAUGGUUGAUGGAGAUGAUGAUGAUGAUAUUGAGAGUCCUCUUUCUUUGGUUAAUGAUUCUUCAAUGGUGGAACCGCUUGGUGGUUGUGGGAAGAAGGUGAUGAUGUGGUGGCUGAGGGCUGAGGCGCGUGCAGAUAGCAAAUUCCCUACUGGAUGGAACAUUGAUCCUCCAUUAGAGAUGACAGUGCCAGCUAAGCGAACUCCAUGGCCUGAUGAGAUUUCAUUGACCACCGAAAAGGUGAUGACCACCACCACCAUAGAGAACAACGUAAGUGAAAAGCGCCCAACAAAAACUCGGACGCCAAGAUCAAAACGCACUUCACGUGGCAAAAGAAAACACGAAUCAAGAAAUAAUGCGGAUACACGCAAGAAUUCUGGUGAAGGAAUUGAUAAUUAGGUCAACAU